UUGAAUGGAAAUGGACAAGAUGGUAGAGCCCUUUAUAUACACCAUAAUACCGGAUAUGUUGCACUCGUUCUCUGCUACUUUAACAACAUUAAUUCUAAUAAAAAAGCCGGUGCAAUCAGAUUAGAUGAAACAAAUUGUGUCAUUGACAGCACAGUCGCAAAUAAAUGCUACACUACAAAUACUGAUGAAGCAAAUUUCCAAAACCAAGGCCAGUUCGUUUAUGCAGAUGGAAAUGGAAUUUCCAAAUUCACAAAGACUUCAAUUACCGAAUGCGCUCCAUCUGAUGUUGCAUUUAGUGGUAAUUGCCAACGCCCGCUUGCUCUUACUGGUACAGUCUAUUUUAAUACAGUGAACAUUUCCCAGUGCUAUACCACGUGGUGUUCAGGAUUUUAUACGUCAGGAACAAUAAGUGAAGCAAAGUAUAUCAAUGUUGAGGGCACAAGCUCUAAUAUGGUUGCAAUUGAACUUGCUUCAGCAGGCACUCCUGCUUUCGAAUACACGUUUUUCAAAGAUUACUCAGAAUUAUGUGCCACAACAAACAAUGGCGACUGUGGUCUGGCUCUUUUAUAUUUCUAUAGUACCCAGGCUACAUUCAAUUACAUUUCUAUCCAGUCACCCUAA